AUGGACAACAUAGCAAACAAUACAAAUACUACUCGAAGUGGUCUUCUUCAGUACACGGCCGGACUGGCUAAUGUGGCCGCAGGAAGUAACGCCAAAGCCCUCAACAGUGCACGUUCUACAAUGACAACAAGUCAGUCCACAAAUAGCGCCCGCCGCUCUGGGAGUAAACGUGAUCAUGAUACAGCUAUCUCUACAGAUGUGGGUCGGACACAACAAACAAGAGAUGCUGCCAACACGAAUGCCACAUCAUCUAGUGCCAACAAUAACGUGAAUCAAACCUCUUCCGGGGCGAAUCGCGUCAUAGAGGUACAACCACCACAAAAAAAGAAGAAGGUGACAUACGCCCUUCCACAUCAGAGUCGAGAAGAGGGACAUUUUUACGUUGUUCUUGGUGAAGAUAUUGAUGUAUCCACGCAGCGAUUUAAGAUUCUCUCUCUUCUGGGUGAGGGAACCUUUGGUAAGGUGGUGGAGGCGUGGGACCGCAAGCGGAAGGAGUACUGUGCUGUGAAGAUUGUGCGCAAUGUGCCCAAGUACACCCGCGAUGCGAAGAUUGAGAUUCAGUUCAUGGAGAAGGUGCGCCAGGCGGACGCCGCCGACCGCUUCCCGCUGAUGAAGAUCCAGCGCUACUUCCAGAACGAGACGGGCCACAUGUGCAUUGUGAUGCCCAAGUACGGCCCGUGCCUGCUCGACUGGAUCAUGAAGCACGGCGCCUUCAGCCACCGCCACCUGGCGCAGAUCAUCUUCCAGGCGGGCACCGCGCUCGACUACUUCCACACGGAGCUGCGCCUCAUGCACACGGACCUCAAGCCGGAGAACAUGCUGCUCGAGACCGGCGACGCCGCCGUCGACCCCGUCACCCGCAAGACGACGCCGCCAGACCCGUGCCGCAUUCGCAUCUGCGAUCUCGGCGGCUGCUGCGAUGAGCGCCACAGCCGCACGGCGAUUGUCUCCACGCGGCACUACCGCAGCCCGGAGGUGGUGCUCGGCCUCGGCUGGAUGUACUCCACCGACAUGUGGUCCAUGGGCUGCAUCAUCUACGAGCUGCACACCGGCAAGCUGCUGUACGACACCCACGACAACCUCGAGCACCUGCACCUGAUGGAGAAGACACUCGGCCGCCUGCCGUCGGAGUGGGCCGGCCGCUGCGGCACGGAGGAGGCGCGAAUGCUGUACAACUCCGCCGGGCAGCUGCGGCCAUGCACAGACCCGAAGCAUCUCGCCCGCAUUGCACGGGCACGGGCGGUGCGGGACAUCAUUGGGGAGCCGCUGCUCUGCGAUCUCAUCUACGGCCUGCUGCACUACGACCGCCAGAAGCGGUUGACGGCGCGGCAGAUGACGGUGCACCCAUAUGUGCUGAAGUACUACCCGGAGGCCCGCCAGCACCCCAAUUACCCCGACAACCGUCCAAAUCUGCGCCCCACACCCCUCAUGUAA